GGCGGCCACUGAACUGGGCAUCCUUUAAUGCGGGCACGCGGAUGCUGGAAUGUUGGGAAUGUAGGAGUCGCGCGGGGGCAUGGAUUGCGCUAAUUGACAUGCUGCAAACAACCUGCAACUAAGUCAAAGCUGCACUGAAGAAAAUAAUGACCGGGUAAGAAAUUCUCUUUUAAUUUAGUGGCUUAUCGAUCUAGAAGUGAUAUCAACUUAAUUAUUUCUAUGGUAAGUUCCAAGUUUUUCAUAAAAUUUUUAAUAAUUUGAGAUCAUAAAGUUCAGAUAGAGUAGUUUAUUGUGUUUUGUUCUUACUUAUUUUGUUUUAAAGUAAAAAUCGAAUCGAAUCUUAACCAUUUUGUUAACUAACCAUAAUGAUAUUUAAUUUUUCAAAAUUUUUAAAAGAAUUUUUUUUAUAUUUUUCAUUUAUUUCUUUUUUGAGUGUAAAAACGCAGGUGGUAGCUGCUGCUGUGCAUACUUUCCAUUCACAAAAAGCAUUCAUUCAACUCGCGAAAGUAAAAAGAGUUGUGCUUCCCAGGAUGUGAGAAUAUGAAGGAUAAGGAUGUCGAUGGGGGGAGGCAGUUGGGACUGAAACUGGUGACGGUUCUACGCGUUUACAAAGUAAACAUAUCAGUUUCAACAUAUGUACUAACGAAAUUAUAAAGUGGAAAACAUCAGAAUCGAAUGAAAAUCUUAGAAUUGGAAGUCGGAUAUUUGAAUCCAGUGAUGACCAUCGAAAGGAAGGAAUUUAAGGGAUCGAAGAAUUCUCAAAUCAAAUUCAAAGAAAAUCAAAUCGAAAUUUGAACUUACACCAACAUCUGAAUAUAACUUUUAAAACCAAAAAGCAAGUAUAUAUUCUAUCUAAUCACUUUAAAUAAUCAAGUUAUUGGUGUGAAUAUCAUAUUUAAUCUGAAAACAAAAUAUUCUAAGUUAAGUCUACAAAAUCAUUGUGAUCGAGCUUAUUAGAGAUUAAAGCCGAUCGUUAAUACAAAUAUUAUUCAAACUUUACACAAAAAAAAAACUAACAAAUUUGUACUAAAUAAGUUUGAAGUAAAACGAUCCAAGAAGAUCACACCAAAAAUAUUACAAUUUGUAGCAUAAGAUCAACUUAAAACUUUUACGAUCACUGUCUAAGAUAAAAUCAAAAUUUUAGACAAGUAUAAUUGAUUAAAAAUAUUUUAAAGAAUCAAGAAGUUCUUAACACAAACAUAUUUAAACAAUAUAAUCCAAACAAAAUCAUUUGAGAAAAGCUAUUGAAAGUACGCUUUAUGUUAAGAAAAUCUAUUUUAAUGUAAUUAUUAAAUUACAUUUACCUUGCAAACCUAAUUGAUAUCAAUGAAAAAUCCAAAAAGAGCUUAAAAUGCAUCCCAUACUGGAUCGAUACUAUAGCGAUCGCUAUCAGAUCAAACUUAUAACCAGAUAUUUAAUCGAGUUGCUUCGAUUGAGAAAGAAAGCUAAGCGUAAUGCUGAACUCUACGAUUAAAUGGUAGAAAGUUUAGGACACAUCAAUCCAAACCAAAAUCCCAAAAGGGCUUCAGAAAGCACCUAAAACAGUAGAAUAUCUAUUGAACUGAGUCGAAAAAAAACCCACUGGACAUGCCAUAAAACAUCACCGAUCGAUAGAGAGGAAAUAAGAACUUCAGAUCUAAACGAAUUUUCAAAUUUCCAAAUCUUCAUCUAAUCCAAUUUAAAAAGUGCAAAAAAACAACCGUUGAACAAAGUGUAAAUCGCGAUCGUGUAUUGAACUUUGGCCAAUGUAGACCAAUAGAUGACUGUUAACCAAAGCCCAGAGCUGAAGCCAAAUAUAUUCAUCUUGUGGAUCCAGAGACGUCCAGGAGAUGUGAUCUAAGGACUUCGGAAUUUAACAGAAUAAAAAAAAAUUAUAAAGUUUUUUCCUAUAAGAAAAAAAGAAAAGAAGAAAAUAAUAGAAAUACAGAGAGAUAAAGAAAAACAAAAAAAAAUAUAUAUAUAUAUAAGGAUAAUAGAGGAGGAGAGUGGUAUAGGAGUCAUGGAUACCAAGUUGGAGGCUCGUGGCCAAUUUCCGGCCUCGUUCCCGGACACGUUUAAGAACUUCUUUGCGAUGAUGAACGAAGACGAGGAUCAUGUGGGCCUGUUUGCCAAUCUGCUGGAGGAUAAGGUUAUUCCACGGCAAAACAGCCCCGUCCAGCCCCAGCGGCAGAGGUACGGUGGCAGCAUGCGGAGUCACAGCGGCGGAGAUCGCAGCGAUCGAAGGGGACGAGCUGAACGGCAAUAUCAGCAGCAGCUCCAGAAUCAACAGCAACAGCAACAACAGCGUGGCUAUCAGUCACGAAGCCGCAGUGGCAGUGGCAGUGGCGUUGACCUUUUUGCUAAUCGGAAUGUAAGUUUUUCGAACAGUAGCAGCCGGGUAAAUUCGCUGCGAAGGAAUCGCUCGAGAGGAUCACUGACCCUGAGCAGCAAUGGAUUAAAUGCUUUGGGAUUGGGACCCGUAACCCUGGCACCGAAUGUCAGCUCGAGCAGUAGCGGCAGUGUCUUGGACUUGACCGUACCGGGUGCUAGUGUUAUUGGCGAUCCUGGAGGAGAAGUAAGAGAUGGUAUAGAGGGAAGAGAAGGAAGAGAUGGAAGAGGAGGACUAGGAGGAUCUCGCUCGAACUUGUAUCCAUCACCAUCGAAGACCAGCUUGAAGCCCUCCUUGAAGACUUCCACCUCGACCGUAGAACGUGGUUGUGCUCUCUUUCUGGGAAUCGACGGUAACUUACCCUGUCACCACUUGAAGUCAUGCUAUCAUGAUCUUCAACAUGAUCAUUCUACAGAUGGCCUACAGCAUUUGCAGCAGCAGUUAAAGGGUCAGCAACCGGGAACGUCACAGAAGCAUGUGACAUUGGCAUGUUGUGAGUGUGUCUGUGGCAGUUCGAAGGCAGCCCGUUCUGGACCUGAUGGCGAGGAUAACUGUGGCGCUAAUUAUCCAAAGGGCUAUGCCGGCGGUUAUAUGCUACCAUCUACACCCAAAUCAAAGACCAUUGAUAAGACUAGUACUUACACUUCUGCUGAGCUGGCAGCCUCGAAGAACAAGAAUCUACAGGAACGACAGGAGCGUCAGGAGAAACGGGGAUCGGUCAUUCUAGAAAGGGCAUUCGACUUCGAUUGCUGCCCGUGGUUCCGGCUUGGGUGCCCAGACGCCAGCUGCGAUGAGAGUGACAGUAUUAGUAGCAGCACUCAUAAUCCUGUGCCCUCGCCAGCACCACAUCAGCCAGCGUAUAAUGUCCUAAAGCCGAUCCUCAAGCAGCCGCAGCAGAAGACGAUGUUGCAACAACAACAACAACAACAACAACAUCAACAAACGGUAAAUGUACAGCAAAACCAGGGGGCAAACCAUCAACAGUAUCAACAGGUUGCUCACCAGCAUCAUCAAGGCGUUGCCCUGCAGCAACAGCAGCAUCAAGUGGUUACCCAUCAGCCACAUCAGCAACAGGUAAACCAACAGGACUAUGACCAGGUAAACCAUCAGCAGCAUCAACAGGUUAGCCACCAGCAAAAUCAACAGGUUAACCAUCAGCAGCAUCAACAGGUUAUCCAUCAGCAACAUCAGGGAGUUAACCAACAGCAGAUGAUCCACCAACAGCAUCAAAUGGUAACCCAUCCACCACACCACCAUCAACAGGUGGCGCAUCAGCAACUACCGACACCUGGAGUCCAUGUUCAUCGUCUUCUUCCCACACCACCAACACACAGUGGCAAGGGAGCGUUCCAUACUCGUGAGGCGGCCUUGCAACGGGUGCAGCAACAGAGUGGCUACUACAACCAAGGACCCAGCACCUCGGCAUCGGCCUACGGUUAUAACCAGUCCAUGGAGCAUCAGCAGAUGCAACAGCAAUUGCAAUACGAUCAGCAUCAGCAUCAGCAGGAUCUUCAAUUCGAACAGCAUCAGACGCCGCAUCAGGCACGUCAGCUAUAUUCUGAUGACACCGAAUUGGAUUACGAUACUGAAUGGGAGUUGGACGAGGAACCUGCCCCAGAGAUCGUUCCACCGCUGAGCACUUUCAGUGAUUUUGUCAAUGCAGCCCAGAAUCCAACUGGCAGUCGUCAGAGUCUGCGGGCCCAGAAGUCACCGAUUUUGAAUAGACGUCGCGCCUCAUCGAUAGCUGGAAAUUUAUUACAUUCGGAUUAUAAUUAUACCAGGAAUAGUAUCGGUGGAGCACCGAUCGACUCCAACGAUUUUCAACGCAUUUCGCAUAGCAGUAGCGCCAGGGAUCGUAUGUCUCUGGCCGGAGUCCUGACCUUUCAACAGGCCAUGUCCGGAGCUGUGUCACCACAAUAUGGCACUGUGGGUUCAUUGAAUCCCCAAGCUUCCGGUUCUGGUGAAAAGAAACCCGGUAUGGUCGGAGCAGAUGCCAUGGGUGGAGGUGGCUUACCAGGCGGAUCCUCUCAUAAUAUCAAUUUGACAGUGGGUCUGGGGUUUCUCGGUGGAUCAAACACCACCUUAGCUGCUGUCGCCGAGGUAACUAGUGGACCAGAUGGUAAUGGCGAUUCCACCGAUUCCCCAUCGCCCGUCUCCAUGAUCCCAAGUAAGCAACAACAACAACAGCAGCAGCAGCAGCAGCAGAAACAACAGCAACUAUUAGAGUUGCAAAUGCAGCAGGAGCGGGAGGAUUUGCCAACCCAUUUGCCAAUGAAACGAGAACGCGGCGUGGGUGAAUCCUCGGGGGCUAGUACAUCAGGCACCGCCAUAGCAGAUUUGGCUGCCUCAGUCGUCUUGGCCUCCCAUUCUGGCAAACCCUUAACGGAGCGACAGCGCUUGAGGACCUCCAGCAUGCCGGCAGAAAGUCGCAGGCCCCGUUUAGCGGAGAUGCGACGUUCGGCCAUUCAUGCCGGUGAUCCGGACAUGACCUACUAUCGUCUGCGCAGCUUCAGCAUCACUUCCCAUGGCAUUUGCAACUUGGGAGAUUCCCUUAGAAGCCGCAGGUCACGUUCGAUCAAUUCCGUGACUUCUACUGGCACUUCAAACAGUGGCGUGGAUCGACACAAUAGCAACGCAUCGGGAGCAUCGGGCGAAGUCAUCGACGGGGAUCCAAACGUUCCGGCCUACAAAAUUGCCAUGCUCGGCGGCUCCGGAGUGGGUAAAACCACCCUGACAUACCAAUUCACCACUUCCGAUUACAUAUGCGCCUACGACCUGAGUCUCGAUGAUGAUUAUGGGCAGAAGACGGUAUCGGUGCUAGUCGAUAACAUUGAAACGGAUUUGGAAAUAAUUGAUCAUCCCGCGUGCGAAAUGUCGACGGAGGCUUUCUGCGCCACCUACAACAUCGACCUAUUCGUGGUGGUCUACUCUGUGAUAGAUCGAAACACUUUCGCAGCAGCCGAGCGAGUCCUACAGUAUCUCAAGGAGAACGAAAUGCUCUUGUCCCGCGGAGCCAUCCUGGUGGCCAACAAAACAGAUUUGCAGCGACAUCGCGUCGUUACGCGUCAAAUGGGUCGCAAAGUGGCCAAAGAUAUUGCUUGCAAAUUUAUCGAGACCUCUUCCGGAUUGGAUCACAAUGUGGACGAACUCUUGGUUGGUAUUGUAGCCCAGGUCAAGCUCAAUCCGCAGCGUUUGCGAUUGUUAACGGAAUUGGAGCUGCAACGUUUAAAUCUCCAGAGUACGAUACAGAAGCAUCGCGGCAUGCACUUGCAAUCCCGUCGAAUGGUGCGACAGAUGAGCAUAUGCCAGGGGGACGAGGAGAUCUUCGAUGGCGGAUUGUCGGAGAGAUUGCAGAACGACGACGAAAACAACGAUCCGGACGGAGUGCCUAGCACAUCGAGGGCCAGUCGAUCGCGAAUCGAGAAUCCCAAUCGCAAACCCUUGAACCUGGAGAGCAUACUGAAGAUGGGGGAGAGCGAGGUGGACGACGACGAGGAUGUGGUGAAGACAUCCCAGUUGAGCAAAUUCAAUAUGCUCGCGGCCACUAUACGUCAUCGUCGUCCAUUUCGCAAACGUCGUUCGUUUGACGGCGGCGUUUCCACAUCUGCAGCAGCGGAUGCGGCCGCAGAAUUACAGCGACGCUAUCAACUCCGGGCGAUGGAUGAUUUGCAAUUGGAGGGGCGAUUGGCGGCGGAGGAUCGUUUUGGGGAUAGAAACGGUGGUCUGGCUGAGAGCGAGGACGAGGAGGCUGGCGAGGAUGGUGUCGUCGAGGAUGGCCGACGGAAUACGUGUAAUCGCAAGGUUGUCAAGAAACUGACCGCCCGCACCAAGGUAUUCAUAUCGUCGGUGUUGCGCUUUAAGAAGUCCAUCAGCCUUAAGCGGCGCAACUCCUCCAGCUGCAGUGAUCUCUUCGUGAUCUAAGCAGUUAAGAGGAGAAGGAAGUGUAGAAAGUAGGAAGCAUAGAGACUGAAUGUACAUAGAUGGCAUAUAUAGAGGAGGAGCAUUACCAAGAAGCAGGAAUAGGUGUAGGAGUAAGUGUAGAAGCAGUAGCAGUAUAAAAUCCUAAAGAAACCAGAGACCAGGAGAGCAGGCACAACGAACUAUAGCAGCGCAAACCGAGGAGGUGGAGUCAAUAACGAAAGUGUAGGGAAUGCAGGGAGUCAGCAUGUGAGAGGAAGUUAUUCAGUUCCAUAUAUUACAAAAACCUUAACGAAAACGAAAGAAACUACAGGGACAUCAUCUGUUUAUAAGAUCAACAGGCAAUAGCAGAAGUCAACAUUUAUUACUUUUGAGAUGAAAAACUGUAAUUGAUUCAAGCAAAAAGUAUACCAACUGAAAUUUAGAUGCAAUUUUUGUAAGCCAAACGAAAUCUCUAGAGAUUUAAAACCACUCGAAAAAAACGUAACUAAAGGUGAGCUAUAUUUUAUUCUUGCUAUUUUCAGAGUAUAUUGUAGCCGACUUUUGGCAACAUUUAUAAGUGAUUUCAAACGUCUAGAAAUUUCCAUAAGGCUGAUCGUUGUAUAAAACACGUAAAAGCAACUACCCAACAGACCGAAACCAACCGGUAGGUGGCGCUGCAAAUGCAGACAAUAAUUUUUCUUUUAACCAACCAAAAAAAGUAUUGAUCAGCAUAUUUUACAAAAUCCAAAAAUCGAAAAAAAAAAAAAAAAAAAAACAUUCAAACCAGGGGUAAGCACGUUUUAUGCAAAUGCAAAAUUGAAUACUAUCCAAAGGACAGCAGAAAAAAUUAAUAAUUCAGAACAAAUAGGAAUCCGAAAAAAAAGACGGACGCAGGGGCUUUGUUUUGAGUGGUACUUACUUUCAGGAACGGAAAACAACCGCAAAGGCAAUAUAUACAUAUAUCUGAAAGGAGAGAAAAGCAAAAUAAUGCAUUUCAUUUUGUUAUUUGGUUUUUGCUUGUGGUUUCUUGUCAUGAUUAAACGCGUGGUUUCCGACGAGUUUCAAGCUCACAUAUUUUUAUUAUAUGACAAAUAUGAAGAAUAGCUGAAUACGAAUGAGUACCAAAAAGAUAUUGAAAAACGCAGAAACAUGGACAUAUUUUGUUUUUUUAAAUACAUUCUGAUUAAACAAAAAUGAAUACAGGUUAAAGAAAUAUACAAAAACAAAAAAUAACCAAAAGAGCAGUACAAAAUUCUCCACAAUAUUGCAAAACUUUAUUAUGGCACGCUUUUUAAAUGAAAUUCGAUUUCAUGGUGCCAACAGUCCAGCUUAAUUGCUCAAAUAUUUUAACACCUCUUACCAUAUUGGACACACACACAUAUAUAUAUUUAAAUAGUUUUGUUUUUUUUUUAACAUAUAAAUUUCUUUGUGAUACUCCUAUAGUUGCUUCUUCACUAGACCCUUCCAUUACCCAUUUUAAGAGGUAUUACUAAUAUAUAAAAAUUGUUUCUUCUAUAUAUGUUUUACAACAACUUACUAUAUACGCAAUGUGAGAGCUUUUUGUAAGUGGUGCACCUUUGGCCCUGCUGCUCGUUUAGCUUUUGCUGAACUACCAUAUAACAUUUUUUAAAUAUAAAUGUCUAGCGCCAAGUUUUUAUUUUUAAUAAAAACAUUUUUGUUUUUUUGGCGCCUCUAAUCGAGAAAUAGACAAAUAAGUAUUUUACACUUCUGGAUGUUGUGUGGUAAAAGAAAUACCGAAAAUACACAAAGAUCACAAGCACGAACGAACACAGUUACAGGAAGCCUAAGAACAAAGGUUAAGAUACAUCAAAAUAUAGAAUAUAUAGGGUCAGCCAAAGUAGGUAUAACUGUUAGAUAUUCUGGGCUCCUCAAUAGCAACCGUACUAUAACCUUUUUAAAAUACAAAAUACCUUAACUUGGUUGGAUAAUCUCUGCUGACAGAGUCAAAAAUUUGUUAUUUGGAAGUAGUUUCGCAAAAGGGAAAGAAUCUAAGAACUUAUAGUAUUGAGCAGUGAAUGAAAUUUAAAUUAAUUUGCAAGAGAAUCCAGAGAUAAUGAGCAAAAAAAUUGAUUAUUACCGAACAGUAACUGACCCAGAGCUGGCAACAUAUUACACACAAAAAAUAUAUUCAAUAUUAACUAAAUAACCAUUAUCAAUGUAACAUGCGCCCGCAUUAAGCGAAAUCACACAAGAAAAAGCGCAACUAUUUAUGUCAAAUGAAAUGUCUCAUAAAAUGCUAAAACGAAAUAAAAAUACAAAAAAGGAAAAAUAGAAGAAAAUAUAUCCACGCCUCUAGCCACCCUUUUCAGUUCUGUCUGUCGAUGGAACUCAAGGCAGUCGAGCAAAAACCAUAAUGAGCUUAACCAAAGCUCGCAUAACUGUCUCUCGCAAAAGGAACCAGCAUUGAAAUCGUGGGUGGUCUUGGAAAUCUCUUAGCAGCUACCAACACAUCACAAGCUAUCGCAAAUUACACAGGCUAAAGGUUCUCUAUAAAGCAGAAAAAGAAAUGCCAAAGUACAGCAAGUUUUCUUAACAUUAGCUUUUUUUCAUAAAAUCAAUGAAAUUUUAAGACCCACCAAAAUCUCAUUUGGUCACUCAAAGAUUAUAAGUUCUCUAUUAAGUUACAACCUUGUUUCUCUUUACAUCAGUUUACAAGGACAUUGGUUUUGUUUUUUUUUAUGUUGGUAAACCAAAUUAAAUCGUGGUAGUUAUUACCUGUUAGAGGUUUUUAUUCGUAUCGAGAAAGGCAGGUUAAAAUAACCGAACGAACACACAAAAGAGAACCAAGAGUAAACCUAAAGUUUCCCCCAUUAUUUUUGGCCUGUAUGCACAAGCGACAGUACCAACAAAAGUCUUUCCUACACAAAGUCAACAACAAAGUGAAGAAAUACAAAAAAAAACUUAAACGAAUUGAAUAAAUGUACACACUCAGUCGCACAGAACUCCCCUCGCACAUACUCACGUCAAACAAUUGAAAAAUAUGGAAAAUGCAGGCCAAGAAUGGUAAAUUGUAUUGCUCAAAAAAACAAAAAACAAGAAAACUAAGAAGACGUUGAAUGUAUUUAGGGGAAAAUGUUAAAAGAAAAGUGGAGAAGGUGACUUAUUUGCCAUGUACGUACAAAAGUACUUUGGCCAAGCUUGAUCAAAACUUCUACCGAACUAAAAAAGCUGGGAAUGGACAAAAAAUAUGUUUAAAAUUGGUUUUAGAAAAAACAAUAAGUGAACGGAACAACGAAUUGUGAAUGAACUACGGUUGAGUCUUGGGAGAUGCAAGUGAAGCCAUCACAAAUGACACAACAUUCACCGAACCUUUUUCGUGUUUUUUUUUCCGAAAUAUAAAUAGUUUACUUAACCAUUGUCAACUUAAAAAAAAAGAGCAAUUGCUAUAACCAAAUCAGCUCAAAGAGUCUAGUACACCUAGAGAGGUUUUAGAGAUAUAUCUAGCAUAUCUAGUAAACGGAAUAAGAAUCAAAGGGUAACCUUAAUUCAAAAUGAGAAGGGGCAGAAGGAAAAAACUAAACAUGAAGCCGGGUCAGAAAGGGAACGAACCUUAAAACCUAGGUAGACUCGAACUUGACACUUUUACGGACAGAAUUACUUCGGAACUCAACCCACACUACCUACUACUUCAAAAUCGAGACUGAUUUUACUGCUCCUCCAAAAACAUCACCAUAUAUAUACAUAUAUAUAUAUAUCCCUGAUCUGGAAAUGUGGAAAACAAAGUAAACACACACGCAUAUAACCUGACAACCUGAAUUCCAUUUCACCAAAACAUUUUGCGUACACUAUUUGACACGGUAAUUUAAGAAUACAUUUACAAAUUCUAUAACCUAUCGGUUGAAUAAGAUUGAAUAUAUACACACAACUACUUGAAUAUAUCUUAUAUAUAUAUAUGAUUAUAUACCCCUAUUAUACAUACAUAUAUGUGUACAAACUAUACACGAUGGAAUAUUUACACACAAGUUUUACUCUGUGCCAUUUGGGUGCAAUAAGUUAAGUUGAACCAAACUUUAUACGAAUUUCUGGCUCGUUCAGCGGCAUUUUAAUGGGAAUCCAUUUGACUAAUGGUUAACAUUUUCUUAUAUAUAUCAUUUAAAUGUGAUACCCGUACGGAGGUUUAGUUGUAGCAAACAAAAAAGGUGUUUUCCUACCUACUAUCAGCCUUUUAUAGUUUGUCAAACUUCUCCAUCUAUACUUCCCAUCUUCGCUCCGUUCGCUUUAAAAUCAAAAUACGUGAAACAAUACAUUAAGUUACAUUUCCCUUAAGGAAUCACUUUUUUUAACUUACAAAAUUGUAUACAAAUCAAAAAGAUACUGUAGUUGAGAUUAUAUUAUACACGAAUAUACACAGACAUUCACACACACACACACUCACGAAUAAAUACCUAAACAUUUUUUGAUGUACGUUAAAAGUUUAUGAUAUGUGUGUGUAAAAAAGCUCUACUUGUAUUUAUAUUCGUAUUUAAAGUGACAUACGAUAUAAUUUGCUUUUCCCAUAAUAAUUCCGAGGGAUUUCAAAGUUUCCGAGCAAAGCAAUUGAUUUUAGGUAAGCAAAGGCAAUGAUGGUUCCAUGUGGAAAUACUUACAUAUGUAUAUGUAAAUUACCACCAUUUAGUACGUAUGCUAUAUGCAUUUGUAAUUCAUGAAACAAUUUUUUUUUUUUUUUUUGAAACUUUGAUUCAAUCAAAUUGAAUUCAAAUAUUUUACUCUACGUGUACAAUUUAAUUACAGCUUAUAUCUGCAUUAAUCGCAAGUCUUUUAAUUUGGGAAGGGAUGGAAGAAAGUGAAAAUGGGAAUUUCGCAGGCUGCUCUCUCCUUGCUAAUUAAGGCCAAGGCCCAGGGACUUUAAGAGAUGCCAAAGGAUUUCAUCACGCCUCGCCACAUAACUGCAACGCAUAGUUUCCAAUUAAAAGUUACUUCUUCCAGGAAUUUGACAAAUGGUCCGGCACUUAAUCAAUGUAGCGCCUCGACUU